AUGCUUCAUUUCCGCAAACCAAUCGCUAACUCUACCGUCAUUAUUGUUAAAGCUCCGACCUCAGCAUCGGUUUCCGCAUCAGCUUCUAUUUCUACCUCCACUGCUGAAUCGCCGCCGCAAGUAAUUCUCCCUGACGUCGAGACGGACCUGAACAUGCAUUCGCCCAACCUUCUUUAUGACAAUCCUCACUCGGACGGCGCCGAUGGGGUCGCCAGGAGAGAUGAGCCUAUCAUUACCUCCAUACCUCCUCCUACUAACGGCGACUCGAUGCUCAACUCGACAUCGCCUACAGAAUGGUCUUCUGCCAUUGGCCACGCCAUGACCGGUAAAUCCGGCAGAGUCAUCCACAAUCUCCAGGAACAGAUAACCCGCCUCACCCGCGAAUGCAAUCUCCACCGAACCCGCGCCGAAGAAGCCCAGCGCAUGAACGAAAUACUAAAACAACAACUACAAACCGUUACAGACCGACUGCGCAACUCCGAACAGUCCCACGAAGCCAGCCUGAUAACCAUUGCACGUAAGGACAGAAAGAUAGAAGACCUCAAAUCCGAAACACAGAGCGAGAAGAACCGACGUCUAAAGGCCGAAAACGAUGCAUUGGAGACUACUCAGCUCGCUGAACAACAGCGUGAGGAACACCAGCGUGCCUUUGCGGAGGCGCAGGAGGUUGCCCAACGAUCACAAUGUCAAUACGAUGCUCUCUCACAGGCCCGACUACGCGAUAGAAACGAGUUUCAAUCCCGUUUCAGCAUGUUCCGAAAGGACUUUGACGAGCUAAUUAAGCGAGAGCAGGAGCGCCAAAACCAGUUGACUCGACUAGAUGUCAUAAUCGAACAAAAGGACCGCGAGAUCCGGGCUGCUCGCGAUCGGACGGAACGAGUCACCACGUUAUAUGAAGAAUAUAAAACAAGGAGUGACGAUACGCUAAGACAACUGGUAGAAAAGAGCCGGCGGAACGAUCGUGACGUCGACGCGGUGCUGAGAGACGCCAGAGAAGCUACCGAUAAGAUGAAGUGGGUGGUCAACGUCAAGCAAAACGUCAAAGGUGCUAGAUGA